GCCCCAAAGUGGACAUAUGGUCUUUGGGAAUUGUGGGCAUCGAAAUGGUGGAACGAGAAGUUCCUUCCUGGAAUGCAACUCCUGUCUUGCCCCAACUCCUGAUAGCCACAGGAGGAAGACAAAAGCUGCAGCAGCCCAACCUAUUUUCAUCUUGCCUGCGUGACUUCCUGAGCUGCUGCCUGCAGAGAGACGAGGCGCGGCGCUGGUCUGCCAAGGAGCUCCUGCAGCAUCCAUUUGUAAGAUUUGCUGAGCCUGCGUCCAGCCUGGUGCCACUGAUUGUUUCAGUGAAGAAGAGGAAGGAGACAAGAAUGUGACAAUCAUCAGGACCAUUUAUUCCUCAAACAGUUUAGAGUAGGAUUGUAGGUUAGGAUAAGGAUUAGGAUUAGGAUAAGGAUUAGGAUUAGGAUUAGAUU